AACAAUGAUCUUGUGUUUCUUAGGUGAGGAAUUCGACCAAGAGGUAUGACAUUCGUUAACUCUUCUUUUUUUUUUUUUAAUAGGUAAUUGAUUAUUUUACACAUGGAUUCUUUGGAGAAAAAGAACGGUAAGGGAAAAAGGGUGAAUUUAGAGUUAGAAUGUCCACCAUUAUCCAAGAAGAACAAGUCACACAAGGAUGGAUUCUCUGUGCAGACCAAAAGACCUUGUGUAAAAGACUUGGUUGCUGCUUGGAAUAGUCUGAGUAAUCUUGAAAAAGUGAGGUUUGACAAGAAAUUUGGUAGAAUUGCUGAUGUGUUGCAAGUAGAGCCGGAUUGGGAAAUCAUUAGGGCAAGCCUAAGAUUUUAUGUCCUGCAUCUUCGUUGCUUUGUUUUUCCUGAGUUUGAGUUGGCACCUACCAUUGAAGAAUAUUUUCAGUUAUUAUUCAGUCGCCCAGAAAUGAGUUCAGAAGUUUAUGUCCCAGACCCUGUUAACUUUCAAUUAAAUAAGUUGCAAUUUCAGUCCAUACUACAAAGGAUUUUGAGCUUUCCUUUAGAGUUCACAGAAGGUUGCAUUAUGAAGAAAAAUGAAGUUUGGGGAGUUAAUUGGAACAUGAUGUAUCCCAAAUUAAAGCUUGAUCUAAGUUCACUUUCUGAGGAGGACCGGUUAAAUUUUGUUGCCUUGGGGAGAUAUGGAAUGGUUAUUUUGCCCACUAAUAUGGACAGUAUUAGUUCAUCGGUUGUAACCAUGUUCGAGCAGUUGAUCAAGAAUCCAAAUCUUAAUGUUGCUCCGGUUUUAAUUGCUGAAACUCUACGUGAUGCUGACUAUAUUCGAGCUCAUGGCAAGGGUAGAUUCACAUGUUCUGCUGGUUUGUUUACAAUAUGGAUACAUGCACAUUUGUCAAAGGUAAAUGUCUCCACAAUUAGGGAGUUUGGGAUUUUGCAAAAAAAGAAUCAAUUGGAAAAGAAAAUGGCUGACCAAUGGCAUCAACAAUUCUUGAACUUGAGAUCCGAAGACAUAGUCUGGUGUGUGACAUGGUUGAAGUCUACUGAUUACUUUUAUCCUCCACGUGGCCAUAACUGGAUCCCGUUAUUGGGCGUUCAAGGAGCUAUUAGCUAUAGUUCAGCAUUAGUGAUGAGGCAAUUUCAUGAUAGGCAAAGUAAACCAUUGCUAGAUGGUAUCACUUCAUAUGGGUUUGAUUAUUCUCUUGAUACUCAAGUAAUUAAUCAAAUUGGCUUUGCCAAGGAAGUAUGGUCACAAUGUGAAGUUCGUUUCUCAAGGAACAAGAUUUCAAUCACUUCUGAGUUUGAAGAAUGGAGGAAAGUUUGGCUUCAAGACAUAGUUAUCCCUUAUGACAUUCCUAUCAUUAAAGAAGCUAUCAUUGUGGAUUUGAAGAAAAGAAUAGCGAAGCUAGAAGGUGAAAAGCAAAAAUUGAUUAAGGAAAAGAAUUCUAUAACUUUUGAAAAAGAGGAGGCAGAGAAAGAUAUCGUCAAGCAGGCUCAAACUCUUAAAAAAUUAAGAAGAAUCAUCCAGAAGGAAGAAAGGCAGAAUGAUCAUUUAAUGAGUGAUAAAAACAAGUUGGAGGAUGAGCUCAAUCAAGAAGCUCAAAAUAAUGAAGAAUUGAUGAAGGAAAAAGUGGCGUUAAUGCAAACACGACAAUUUUAUCAAAGUGAGAAGAUAGGAGGAUUGGAAGCAGAGGUAGGAAGCUUAAAUGGACAGUUGGGUGAGGCAUUAGCUACAAUUGAUCAAUUAAAGAGAGAAGGAGGAAAGGUGCUCUAUUUGGUCAAUGGAAUUUACUCUGAGGCAAUGAAGGUUGAGCAUACUAUUCCACCAAAUCAGCAUGAUGCGGCUUCAAAUUUUGUGGAAGGGCUUUCAAGGAGGAUAAGGGAUUAUUGUGGACAUGAACUUGAAACAAUAGAGUAUUGGAAAAACAAAGGAAAGUGAAAGUUUAUGAUUGUUAUCCGCUAGUUGUUAUAUUCAAUAAAAGAAUAAAGUUUGAAGUCAAAU